GGAGUCUUCAACCCGCAGGCCGAGACCAUCUUCAUCACCGGCGACGCUGGCGUGGGCAAAUCCAUCGUUCUUCAGAAGCUGCAGAAUCUGUGGUCCAGAAGAGAGCUAAAGACUCGCGCCAAGUUCUUCUUCAAGUUCAGAUGCAGGAUGUUUAGUGCCUUCAAGGAGACCGACGAGAUCUCGCUGAAGGAUCUGAUCUUUAAACACAACUGCUAUCCAGACGGCGACCUCGACAACGAGGUCUUCACCUACAUCUUGCGAUUCCCAGAGACGGUGCUUUUCACCUUUGACGGAUACGAUGAAAUCCAAACGGAUUUUGAUUUGGAUAACGUGCCGGAAACGGUUUCCCCGGAGGAAAAGACUCAUCCACUUUUGCUUCUCAUGAACUUGCUUUGCGGAAAAUUGCUCAAAGGUUCCCGGAAGAUUCUGACUGCACGAAGUGGCACCGAAGUCCAAAGCAGAGUGAUCUGGAAGAAGGUCUAUUUGAAGGGAUUUUCACCUGAACACCUGAAGAGAUACAUGGCUUUGCAUUUCCCAGAGAAGGAACACAAGACAAUGGUGACCGAUCAACUAGACGCCAAUCCUCACCUCUGCGGUCUUUGCUCCAUCCCGUUGUUCAGUUGGAUCAUCCUCAAGAGCUUCAAGCAUCUUCAUUCGGUAUAUGACAACUUUGAGUUGCCGGAUUCUUGCAUUACGCUCACAAACGUCUUCUUGCUUCUUUCCGAGGUCUUUCUUGGACACUCGACUGCACGUCCUGGUCUUUUAAAACGGAGUACGAGGUGUCCAGUGGAGACCUUUAAAGCUGGUGAGCAGAAGCUUGCAGCUUUCGCUCGACUGGCCUUGCAUGGUCUCGAACGGGGAGGACUUGUGUUCAGUAUGGAGGAAGUGACAUCCUGUGGAUUAGAAGAUGAAGUCCUUCAGUUUGGGUUUCUGAGGCCGGCUUCUCAUUACGAUGGAUGCGGAGGUUCUGCGACCUUCGAGUUUCUCCACGAGACCCUCCAGGCCUUCUUAGCGGCGUUUUCAUUGGUGCUGGACUCCAAAAUCACUCCCGAAUCUAUUCUAAGUUUCUUCUCCAAAUGCGAAUACAAGAGGUCGUCGCAUCUCUCCUGCUUGCCUUGCUUGGGAAAGUCGAGACCUAGAGAUAAAGAUCCUUUCCAAACCAACUUCCAGUUCACCAAUUUAUUCUUAUGCG